GUGUUGACAGGUCUGCUACAGACAGAGGUCUAGACGGAGUGGACGGACGGACGGACGGACAAUCCACAGCGCUGAACGUCCCUGGAGCGGCGGCCGGCGGCGGGAACCAUCGAGCCAAUCAGGAGAGGUGACGGGUGAGACGGGCCAAUCAGAAGGCGGGAGCGAUGAUGGGGCGGGGCGUCGUCACGGCGCUGACUCUGCUGUCGUUACUGUUGCUGUGGCGUGAGACGGCGGCCAUCGAAGUCCCACAAGACCCAAAGAUCCUGCAAGACCUCAAACAGCCUCCCACUAUCAUCAAACAGUCGGUGAAGGACUACAUUGUCGACCCCAGAGAUAACAUCAUCAUCGAGUGUGAGGCCAAGGGGACCCCUGUGCCAACGUUCUCAUGGCGGAGGAACGGGAAGUUCUUCAACAUUGGGAAGGACCCUCGUGUGACCAUGAGGAAGCGUUCUGGGACCCUGGAGGUGGGCUUCAGGAGCGGGGGUCGACCCGAGGACUACGAAGGAGAGUACCAGUGUUUCGCCAGCAACGACUACGGGGUGGCCCUGUCCAACAAGAUCCUGCUGAGGGUGUCCAAGGCUCCUCUUUGGCCUAAGGAGGUGCUGGAGCCCAUGGUGGUCUCUGAAGGGUCUCCUCUGGUUCUCCCCUGUAAUCCUCCUCCUGGUCUUCCUCCUCCGUUCACCUUCUGGAUGAACAGCGCCAUGACGCCGAUCCCUCAGGACAAACGCGUGUCCAUGGGUCUGAACGGGGACCUGUACUUCUCCAACGUCCUGGCCCACGACGCCCACACCGACUACAGCUGCAACGCACGCUUCCUGUUCACCCACACCAUCCAGCAGAAGAACCCCUUCACCCUCAAAGUGCACACCAACGAGCCGUAUAACGACACGUCUUUCAAUGCCACUGACCCCUACGGUGGCCGUAAAGUAGCAGAGUCCACGCCCACUUUCCUGUCGCCGUCGGGGAGCGAGAGUUCCAAGAUGGUUCUACGAGACGAACAGCUGCUGCUGGAGUGCAUCGCCGCCGGACUUCCGACGCCGACCAUCAAAUGGUUUAAAAAAGGCGGAGACCUGCCCGGACGCAAAGUCAAGUUUGAGAACUACAACAAGACGCUGAAGAUCGUCAGCGUGUCGGAGGAGGACGCCGGCGAGUACGUGUGCAUGGCCAACAACCACCUGGGCAGCAUCCGACACUCCAUCUUUGUACAGGUCAAAGCUGCUCCGUACUGGUUGGACAAACCCACUAACCUGGUUCUGGCGCCGGAUGAGAACGGGCGCCUGGUUUGUCGAGCCAACGGGAACCCGAAGCCGACCAUCCAAUGGCUGAUCAACGGACAGCCUCUGGAGAGUUCUCUGCCAAACCCCAGUCGACAUGUUCUGGGUGAUACCAUCAUUUUCCGCUCGGUCCAGAUGGGAACCAGCGCCGUUUACCAGUGCAACGCCUCCAACGAGCACGGGUACCUGCUCGCCAACGCCUUCGUCAGCGUCCUCGACAUGCCUCCGCGGAUGCUGGGUCCAAAAAACCAGCUGAUUAAAGUGAUCGAGAACAACCGGACCCUGUUGGACUGUCCGUUCUUCGGUUCUCCUCUACCGGAGCUCCGAUGGUUUAAGAACGGCCAGGGCAGCGGUCUGGAUGGGGGACAGUACCGGGCCCACAUCAACGGAACCCUGGAGAUCAAACGGGCCCGGACCGAGGACGAGGGAACCUACACCUGCGUCGCCAACAGCAUCCUGGGCACGGCGGAGAACCAGGUCCGCCUGGAGGUCAAAGAGAAAACCCGGAUCGUCCGGGCCCCGGAGCACCGGUCGGCGGUGAGGGGCUCCACGGUUCGGUUCGACUGUAAGGUGACGUCCGACCCCAGCCUGAGCGUCACCGUGGCCUGGACCAAGGACGACAAACCUCUGCACAUGGGCUGGAGGUUGAGGAAGGACGAGGAGUCGUUGACCAUCCCCAACGUCAACGAGGGCGACGAGGGAACGUACAUGUGUACCGUCAAAUCUGAAAUAGACCAGGACUCAGCCUCAGCCCGCCUCACUGUGUUAGAGGAAGCCUCCCUCAACCCCUCAGUGUCUAGUGCCUUACCUCCAGACCGUCCGGACCCGCCCAUGGACCUGGACCUGUCAGACCCGGCGGCCCGGAGCGUCCGCCUCACCUGGAUCCCUGGAAAUGACCACAGGAGCCCCGUCACCCAGUUCCUGGUCCAGUUUGAGGAGGACCACUGGGAACCGGGCGUUUGGCGUGACCUGUUCACUUACCCCGGAGAUCUCAACUCCGUCAUCCUUCAGCUCGUUCCCUUCGUCAACUACCAGUUCAGGGUCAUCGCCAUCAACGCCGUGGGCAGGAGUGAACCGAGCCGACCUUCACCACGAUACAAGACCAGCGGAGCAGCUCCAGAUUCCAUUCCUAGAGGUCUACGAGGAUGGGGCUCCAGGAAGGACAACAUGGAGAUCACAUGGGAGCCUCUGCUCGACCUGGAGCGAAACGGCGCUAACCUCCACUACAGCGUCUGGUGGCGGCGGAAGGACUCUGGAGACGAGUGGAACAAUGUGACCACGGUGGGAUCCAAACACGUGGUCCACAACACUGAAACCUACGUGCCUUAUGAGAUCAAAAUCCAGGCCAGGAAUGAGUUCGGACCAGGACCGGAGUCCAACAUGGUCAUUGGAUACUCUGGAGAGGACAAACCCACAGACUCCCCCACUGACCUCCGGGUGUCGAAGGUGGACAGCACCAAGGCCAACGUCCACUGGAAACCUGUGGACAUGAACUCUGUCCUGGGAGAAUUCAAGGAGUACAGGCUCUACUACUGGCGUGAGUCCAGUCUGGUUCCGGGUUUGACUUUCACUAAGGAGAGGAAAACCAAAGGGUUCUUCAGCACCGCCGCCGACCCGACUGGGAUCCUCAGCGACCUGGUUCCGUUCUCUCAGUACAAGAUGUUCAUGGUCGUUGCAAACAGUCGCUAUGAGAGUCCGCCCAGUAACACAGUGGCAUUCAGCACCAAGGAGGGAGUGCCGGAUGCUCCCAGAUUCUUCAGGAUUAACCGAAGGAGUUUUGACACCUUACACCUGGAAUGGGACAAACCUCUGGAGCCCAACGGCAUGCUGAUCGGAUACCAGCUCAAAUACCAGACAGUGAACGGGUCCAGGGUGGGUCGGCCCAUUUUAGAGACGUUCCUCCCCAACGUCACCGACUUCACCCUCCGCCUGCCGGACCGAUCGGCUCGAUACAAGUUCUACCUGUCGGCGCUCACCCAGGUGGGGGCGGGGGAGGUGUUCGCCGAGGAGUCGCCACACUUCGCCAAUGAGGAGAACUUUACAGAUGCUACAGGUCUAGUCGAACUUACCGACGCGUCCUUGGCUUCAGCUUUCACUCCUACUCCUCCUCCUCUCGCUCCUCUUCCUCCUACCACCAUCGCUCCUACAACCAUUAGUACUGCAACAACUGCCGAGCCUCCGACAGAGACUCCUCCUUCUCCUCCUCCUACUACUACUACUUCCACUACUUCCACUACUUCCACUACUACUUCCACUACUACUACUACUACUGCUACUACUACGACCACUACGUCCAGGCCGCGGGUGCUGGUGACGCCGAAGCGUACUGAUCAGAGUGUGUUGGUGACCACUGGGUGGGAGAUCUGGAAUCUGACGGUGGUUUGUAACAGUCACAAUGCUAACGUCAGCUGGAGACACAACUUACCGGCGAGCAGCAGCGAUUUUGUGAUAGAAUACACACUGGACAGCGACAAGUCGGUGGAGGUGGUGCGGGUGAAUCAGCAGCCCCCCAUUCGUUUGGGGAAUCUGAACGCAGAGGCCACCUACCAUGUGAGGGUUUACUCCCACGAGCUCAACAGCGUCAGCAGCCAGAUCACCUCCUGUGUGACCAAGUCAGCCUACAUGGACCAGGUGGACAUCGCCACUCAGGGCUGGUUCAUCGGGUUGAUGUGCGCCAUCGCCCUCAUCAUCCUCAUCCUCCUCAUCGUCUGUUUCAUCAAGAGGAGUCGUGGCGGCAAAUAUCCAGGUGGUGGAUGCGUGACUGGUUUCACAGAGUGUUUAGUUCGAGAUAAAAAAGACCUUCCUCUGGACCCGGUGGAUCACAAAGACCAGGACGGAUCCUUUGAUUACCAUAGCGACGAGGACAACAAACCGCUCCAGGGUAGCCAGACGUCGCUGGACGGUAACGUGAAGGAGAGCGACGACAGCCUGGUGGACUACGGCGAAGGCGGAGACGGCCAGUUCAACGAGGACGGCUCCUUCAUCGGCCAGUACACGGUCAAGAAGGACAAGGACGAGACCGAGGGCAACGAGAGCUCCGAGGCUACCUCACCCGUCAACGCCAUCUACUCGCUGGCGUAGCGCCGCCGCCGCCGCCAUCGGGUCACACGGCACCACACAGCAGACACAAACACACACACACGAAAACAUGAAUAAAUGACAAACACGUGAACAGAAGGACGCCGCGGGGCCGUCUAGAGACUGGGCGGGCUUUCCUCUGCCGAAGGCGGAGCUAAACCACGAGCCUUUACGUUUCAUUUCCAGCUCUGAGAAUCGAGCCUCGGAGGCGGAGUUUAGACCCAGCGGACGGCGUUGGUUUCCGUUGCUCCGCCCCUUUACCCCACCCACACAGACUUGUCGUGUGCCUUCGGGGCAGAUUUCAGCAUCUGGAGACAUGGACGAGCGUCUUCUGGAGAUUCUUCUUUGGUUCGUUUCUGCUCCGAAUGUUUCCGGUGUCCCUGCUCUCCCCCCCGGUCCCCCCGCCCCACCCCCCCAGUUCCCCUCUGUGUAGCAUCCCAGUUAAAGUAGACACAGAGGCCGCACCCCCCACCCCGUAACAUAUCAGCUUCUAACCAUCAAACUCAGCAAAAUGCCGGCAGAUAUGUUUAUCAUAUUGAUAUGAUACACAGUGAGUUUUCCACGGCCGGUCGGCGAGUCACUGAAUCCUAACGAAUGCUGUAAACCGUCCUGGCACGCAGUUAGUGCCCGCAAAACUAUGCACUAUCACCGCCUCCAUUCCUGUUUUGGGGUCAGUCUGGUUAGUAAAAGUACAUGUUUUGGUUGGUGUUUUUUUUUGUUUUGUUUUGUUUUUUUACCACAGGCUAAAUAUCUUCUUCACUUUGCCUUUCACACUGUGGUUCACUGGGUUUUCCAACAGGGCUGGGCCAUGUGGGCAGCGUUUACGGUUAAAGGCAGAUGUGAGUGAAAG